ACAGGAAAAAAAAAUAAUAAUAACUGUCGGAAAAAAAUGAAGAAAAAAAAAAAUGGUGGUGCUUCCGCUCCUAUUGAAUGCGUCCACCUCCAAACCAAACUCACCACUCUUGUUCUGUCUUUCUUCUUCUUCUUCUUCAACUCCAGAACAAUCUCUUCCUUUAUCAUCUUCUACUUUUUUCUCUGUUUCUUCUUUUGGUUCUCCCAAUCACCAAACCUGACAAACCCAUCUCCUCCUCCACUCUCCGUUGCUCCCCUUCGUGGGGAUGCCUAUUCGCCACCGCCGGAAUCUUCUUCUUCUCCGGCGGCGAACUCCUCCUCCGCAUCCGAUCAUUCUCAUUCCAUGAUUUCUUCUAGAGAUCCCGAUGCUCUCUUCAGCGGUGGUGGAAUCAGCUUUUUAGCAGGAGUUAGAACUGUCAAGUUUAGUUAUGGGUACUCUAGUCUUAAGGGUAAAAGAGCAACAAUGGAGGAUUACUUCGAAACUAGAAUCUCUGAUGUUAAUGGACAAAUGGUUGCUUUCUUUGGUGUCUUCGAUGGUCAUGGUGGAGCAAGAACUGCAGAGUAUCUCAAAAACAAUCUUUUCAAGAAUUUAGUUAGUCAUGAUGAUUUUAUCUCAGACACUAAGAAAGCUAUUGUUGAAUGUUUUAAGAAGACAGAUGAAGAGUAUUUGAUUGAAGAGAUAGGACAGCCGAAGAAUGCUGGCUCAACUGCAUCAACUGCUUUGCUUAUAGGUGAUAAGUUGAUUGUUGCUAAUGUUGGUGAUUCUAGAGUUGUAGCGUCGAGAAAUGGUUCAGCGGUUCCACUAUCUAAUGAUCACAAACCUGAUAGAUCAGAUGAGAGACAAAGGAUUGAAGAUGCUGGUGGCUUCAUUAUCUGGGCUGGAACGUGGCGAGUUGGUGGAAUUCUUGCUGUGUCUCGUGCAUUUGGGGAUAAGCAACUUAAGCCAUAUGUGAUUGCAGAUCCAGAGAUUCAGGAAGAGGAUAUAAGCACGUUGGAGUUCAUUGUUAUUGCUAGCGAUGGACUGUGGAAUGUGUUGUCAAACAAGGAUGCUGUGGCAAUAGCACGAGACAUUUCAGAUGCAGAAACUGCAGCAAGAAAGCUUGUGCAAGAAGCCUACGCACGCGGUAGCUGUGACAACAUCACUUGCAUUGUUGUUCGAUUCGAAGUUUCUUGAGCUAAGAACCAAAAUUAUAUUGUUUCUUCUGUCUGUUGUGAAUGUAUCAUCAUCUUUCUGCUGUUGCUUUUUCCUUCCAUCGUUUUGGUUUUUUAGCCAAACAGCAUUAUUAAUACAGACACACAUUUGGAUUAUAUAAUUGAAAAAGAAAGAUAUGAUUAUGAGA